UAUCACUUAUCCAAUACCACGUGAUAUAUUUUAAAAUUUUCUUUUUAACAUUCACGAUGGGAGAUUUUAAAAAAGAAUAUAUUCGCCUUAACCAUGAACAAAAGGAAGAAUUAUCUCAUGUCCUAAAAACGGUGGACUCCAAAGGAACAGGUUACAUAAGCCUUAAGGACCUGGGCGAUGCAUUUAACGCGGUGGGAAUCAAAAUCCCGCCGUAUGAAGUUAGGAAAAUGGCGUCAGAUUGGGAGCGAAAGAAUAGCAAGAUCCCGGAUGGAAAACUUCAGUUUAGCGAAUUCGAAAAGCUCUACCGCGACCUGAAAUCGAAAGAAUUUGCCACUACUUUUAAAUCCAUGGUCUCCAAAAAGGACAAUUUGGUUACCCACGGAGGAAUGUCUGAAACGUCCAGCGAGGGUACCACCCAUACCGUGAAGCAAGAGGAGCAGGUGGCAUUUUCCCACUGGAUUAACACGAAUUUGGGUGGAGACAAAGAUCUAAAUCACCUACUACCCAUUGAACAAGAAGGGAUGGAUUUAUACGAUAAGGUGAAAGACGGAAUUCUCUUAUGCAAAAUCCUGAAUUUUUCGUGUCCCGAUACCAUCGAUGAAAGAGCCCUCAAUAAAAAGAACCUAAACGUUUACACCAUGCACGAGAAUCUGGUGUUGGCCAUAAAUUCGUCCCUGGCCAUAGGCUGCAAUGUUGUUAACAUAGGUGCUGAUGAUUUAACCAAAGGAAAGCCUCAUCUGGUACUGGGACUUCUUUGGCAAAUUAUCAGGAUAGGACUAUUUAACCAGGUGGAUUUGCAGCACUGUCCUGGUCUGAUAAAUCUUCUGAGGGACGGAGAAAAGUUGGAGGACAUGAUGAAGCUUUCCACCGAAGCUAUUCUCUUAAGAUGGGUCAAUUACCAUUUGGCAAAUGCCGGUUAUGAGAAACAGAUAUCAAAUUUUACUACCGAUAUCAUGGAUUCUAUACCGUACAUAUAUUUGAUCCACCAAAUCGCGCCGAAAGAUAAGUCCGUCAGCCUAUUAGCACUUAGGGAGUCAGAUCUUGAACGUCGUGCCGAGCUUAUGCUGAAGGAAGCCGAUAAAAUAAAAUGUCGGGCCUUUGUUUCGCCUAGGGACGUGGUUAACGGAAAUUACAAACUUAACGUGGCCUUCGUCGCUAACAUGUUCAAUUCUCACCCAGCCCUCUCGGUGGCGGAAAAGGAUCUGACCUCUUUAGAGCUGCAAGAAGACGUUAAUGCCAUAGAAGAGACCAGAGAGGAAAGAACUUACCGCAAUUGGAUGAAUAGCAUGGGCGUAUCGCCACAUGUUUACUGGCUUUACAGCGAUCUGUGCGAUGGCCUCGUUAUAUUACAAUUGUAUGACAUCAUAAAGCCGGGUAUAGUGGAAUGGUCUAAGGUUCAUAAACGGUUCUCCAAGCUUAAGGCCUUUAUGGAAAAGAUAGAGAAUUGCAAUUACGCCGUAUUUUUGGGGAAGAAGAUCAGGUUUUCUCUCGUGGGUAUAGCCGGGCAAGAUAUUAAUGACGGAAACACUACAUUGACAUUAGCUCUGGUGUGGCAAUUGAUGAGGGCCUAUACUCUUAGCCUGCUCUGCAAUCUGACAAGUAAUAAUCACAGUGGGACCCCUAAGAUUGAACGUGAAAUCAUCGAUUGGGUCAACAAUAAACUUAAAUCCAACAACAAAACAUCAAAAAUCAAUUCGUUCCAAGAUUCCUCGAUAUCGAAUGGCAAAGUUAUCAUAGAUUUGAUAGACUCUAUAAAGAGGGGAAGCAUAGAUUAUAGCCAAGUCAAAGAUGGAACAAGUGACGAAGCAAAACUAGAGAACGCUAAAUAUGCCAUAUCCAUGUCCCGCAAGUUGGGAGCCAAGAUAUACGCCCUCCCCGACGACAUAGUCGAGGUUAAUCCCAAAAUGGUUAUGACUGUUUUCGCCUGUCUCAUGGGUCGAGAUUUCAAUAAUAUACAGGCCUCCCAUCUAGGGAAUAUAGGAAAUACUAUUCAUUGCAAUGGAGCUUCUAACGACUGCGAAAGUAAGCAGGAUGAAAAAUGCGUCAAAAUAAAUGUUUCCACUUAUUCAUCGCCUCGUCUCUCUCCUACUUCUUCUCCCUUGAAAGAAUAUAAUCCCCCCUUCAUUCCUAAAGUUGUUGAAAAGGGAAAAAGUCCUAGCCCAGCCCGGUUCUCUCCCACUUCUUUCUCAAACUCUCACUCCAACUCUCCUCCCAAUUGUAAUGUUACCAAUCGCAACGUGGUCAGCAAUUUUAACAGUCGUUUAGCUGGCCCUGGUCUUCAGAAUCUUCAUCGCGUAGUGUACAGUUCGUCUUCUAACCAUUCAUCCCCCAUCGCUUCUCCGGUAUCGCCCCAACCUCCUCUUGCCUCAUUCUCUCAAAAUAACAUCACAAAUAAUGCCACCACAAAUUUUUCCAAUUUGGGUAGCAGCACAAAUUCUUAUACAAGAGAUACUAAGACUCCUACCCCGACUAGCUCCUCUGACCAUCUUAGCCCUCGAGACAGUCCGGCUUCUAUUGUUCACGGGAGAGAUAAAACUUAUGAAUCGCCUUUGAAUGAUAGCUUCGACCAAAACAACGAGAUCGAAAUGCCAAAAGAUAAUAAGAGCGAAGAUGUUAAAGUGAGCCAAUUAGAGAUUCAAAAUAUUUAUCACGAGACCUUUAACUCGGAAAUCGAUGAUGUCAGCGAAAAUAACGAGCCUGGCGACGUGAAAGAUGAUUUCAAUUUAAGACUAGAGGGAGUCAAAUACUCCUCGCCUCUUAAAAAAAGUCCCAUUCUCAAUAGUGUCAUUAACGGGGAUACCAUGGCGAGCAGUACGGUAGCGAAGGAGAGCAAAGAUUUAUCGUCUUGGAUAGGCAAAAAUGGCUCUAAUAGUUACGAGGGCGAUAGUUUCGAAGAGGGGUCCGAGGAAGAAAUUAACCCAAACCCUGGGGCAGCUUGUAAUGGCCAUAUAAAAUCGCCCAAUGGGCUUAUCACCAACAAAAGCUUUUGCUGAUAUUAAAAUUUUGGUUAGAAAAAAAACAAUGUAAAAAACGCUUUUAUAAUAAAAAUUUUUAAAACCCAUUCUUAUUAUAAUCUGUGCCUCCCUCUUUUUUUUAAAUGAAAAGUUUUUUAAAAAAAUGUUCGUUUUUGUGGUUUUACAACUAUAUUCAUAUCUUUAUAAGUAUAGAAACUUACCUAAAAUUAUUUAUUGUACAAUAUAUCGAAUACUAUUUUAUUAAUGAAAAAUCGAUGGAAGUAUGGACCUACCUAAAAUUAUUGUACGAUAUAUCGAAAACUAUGAUGGUUUUAUUAAUGUCGUUUUAAGAUUUUAAAUUCGAUGCUUCAUCACAUACAAUAAAAGUACAUCGUACAAUAUUAAAUAGCACCAAGAUAAUAAUUUCUUUUUGCCUCUUUCACACAUUCCUUUUUUUAAAUUAAAAAUUUUGUUUCUGCAAAGAAUAUCAAUAUUAAUCGGAAUCAUUUUUCCCUACAUUUCACUUGUAACAAUAUUUCUUUUUGGGAGCAUUGAUGUAUUAUUUUAUUACACACAAUCAUGUUUUUUUGAUACUUUUUAGCACCUUUUAGGAUAAUUUUUUUUUACAAUUAUACAUACUUUUUUUCCAUUCAGACACAUUUUUUUAAAAAAAUUUAAAUAUUUUGAUAAAUAAUCGUUGAUAAAUCGCUUGAGUCUGUUUUAAAAUAAAUUAAACAUAUAUUUUAAAAUUACUUAAAAUAAUUAUCUUUUUAUAUAAAUAAAUAUAAUUUUGGUAUACGGACAUUUUUUUAAAAACGAUUUUAAAGUUGUAAGGGCCACAAAACUGAAUUUUGUUUUUUUGUGGUUAUAAAUCGUACUAGCUAAUAAAAUUAUAUAUAGAUGUAAUAAAAUAAAGACAUAUUUAAUUUCUUUUUUUCUCACUAAAUUAAAAAAUCUUAAUUUUGUAUCGCUUAUUUGUGGCUCUGUGAACUCAAAAAAAUAUUUAUAUAUAUUAUUCAAUCUUUUUAUGUCAACAUUAUUGAAUACACUCAUUUAUAUUCGUAUCUUUUAAAUUAUAACAAUUAUUUGAAUAAAUAUAUAAAAACCCGAAAUGAAAUAGCUUAUAUUUUGAUAUUAAUCACUUUUUUUUAUCUUUAUUGAUAUCAUACAUACUUAAAUUUUUUUAAAAUAUAAAUUAUGAUUUAUAUUAUACACCAUUCAUUAUAUACGUAUACCUUUGAAUAAUAA